CGCGCAUGCGUACCACUGCGGCGGACUUUUUUUGUUUAGGUUCAAAAUGGAAUCACACAGCAGCGAUUCAAACGUGUCGAUGUAAUGAUCCGCUUGACCAUUCCAAGGUCCCCAACAAAGACACCUGUUUUGGGGCUGAAUGCAGUGCUGACCAGCGCUCUUUAACGAUUUUUGUCACGAUGGCGUCUCCUGGUGUCCAUCCAACUAUGUUAAACAUGAAGACAAUGGCACCUCUGAAGUCUUCCAAGAAGACUUCAGUCAACGCUACAGCAUCCAUGAUCAAAAACAAGAUCCUCAACACCUCCUCCUUCUUCAAGGUCUCUCUGAAGACCAACAACAAGGCCUUGGCUCUUGGUCUGCAGGCCCAGAAGGAGAGGAGCAGGCAGCUGGAGAUGCAGGUCGUGUGCCUUCAGAAACAAGUGAAAGCUCUGUGCUUCGAGAUGUCCGCCAAGAACCACAAGGACAGGAAACUGCUCCUCUUCUUCAAAUCUAUGCAUAGCAACACUGUGCAGCAAUUGGACAUGUUGGCUGAGCUGUUCCCUGACAGUGGUCUUCCCAAACUAUCGGAGGAAAACAAGGCCUCGUCUGGUGAUGUCAUCAAAGAAAAUCUUUCAGUGGGAUGUCUCACUCAUCAGUUACCUCCUCCGUCGGAAGUAGCACGGCAUUUGUUACCAGAACCGAAAGUACCGGCUGACUUGCCUGAAAACAAGAUCUCAGCAGAUGACGGACCCAGAUUGUCCACUGAUUUUUUCAAUAACCACAUAGAUGCUGAGAAAACGCAUUCAAGCCAGUUCCUCCAAGCUCCCCGGGCGGGAACGUCCCGUCCCUCCAGCAGCCUGAGCGAGGAGGUGGAGAGGCUGUCUAUGCUCUUCUCUCAAUCCGGGUGUGAACAUAAGCCUCUUCCCGAUCUUCAGAAGACUUGUUUUUCCCGCCCGUCUGAAAAACCUACACCAUCUCCGCCUGACGACGUCUCCCUUCCCAGUAGCUCAGACAGAGGAAGCCAACCGGAGCAUGGGAAGACAGAAGAGAGGACGUUGCUUCUGAAUAGCACGAUGGAGAUGACGCUAAGCCAUGCCGCCGAUAUAGUCAACGUGGAGACCAAGGCCAAACCAACCGGCCGCACUGGCAAGCUGAGGAAGAUGAACAAGGAACGCGCCCGUGGGUCCAGUGUAGCCGACGAUCCAGAAGCAAAGAACUUGGCAGAUUGUAGGGCGACUGAGGUUCAGAGCGCUUUGUCACAGGCAUGUGAGGCAUCGGAAGACGUUGGGGACCCAGGGCUUCAGCCUGCCAAAAGCCAGAGUACGAGUGUUGCUCCCUCCCACAUUCCCAAAUUGGUCAAGACUGUCAAGUGUCAGAAAAGGCCGAGGGAGCAAUUAAAGGACCGCAGCAAGUCAAAAACGGCGUCCCAAGACAUCGCCACACCGGACCUGGACGAUUAUUUCAUGGGUCCCAUUUCCAGCAAAUAUUUGAAAUUGUCCCCAGAGAAGGAUGCCUCAGUAGCUCGGACCACGGUCACACGCAGGACGUCCCGGACCAAAGCCGGCAGCGCGUCCUCGGUCUCCCGCAAAACGUUUGGCGUUUUGCCCCCGCUUUUGCGUGAAAGCGAGACCAGCGGGUCCAACUUGGAACAGGCCGGGGAUGAGGAAGACGGAGGAGAGGCGGCGGUCACACGUCCAGGGUCGGAACACGCGGGCGACAAACCACAGCGCAAAAUGAAGGCCAAUUCCAGGGGAAGCAACAAGUCCAGAUGCAGACGGACGUUUGUCGUCUCAGCGGUCGGGGAGAGCUCCGCCGGCGCGUCGCCCGAAGUGGAGCGCGACGUGAGGCCUCCUGCGAGAUCCUCCAGGCGCGUGGGAGUAGAAGAAGAAGAGCCGCCGGCGGCGGUCGAGGACGCGGACGUCGCGCCGGAGCCCUGCGGGUCGAACCCACGCGGGCACAGCGGCGGGGAGACCCCUCGCCCGGCCAGCCCGGACUCAGGAGGCCCCGAGGGCGGUUUGAGCCGCGGCCCGGACGCGUCGGGGCCGGCGGAGCAGGACGCCGCUUCGGGGGCCGAGUUUCAGACGCCCAAGAGAGCCCGGAGGGACGGACGGAGUCGAACCCGCAGGAAGACGGCCACUGAGAGGGAGGAGUGUGACGGCCGCUUGAAUGAGGGGAAAAAGAAGAGCAGCCGGAGCGGCGGCGGCGGGUUCGGAGCCGAGGACGAAGCGCGUCUCCUCGAGGCCUCGCCGGAGGAUGUCCCGGAGGAUGUCCCAGUGGAUGUACCGGUGGAUUUCCCGGUCCCGCGUUCCGACCACAGUGAAAAGGGUGACCUCUACGAACAUCUGUUCGGCGCCCACCCCUCCGGGUCGAGGGCGCGCGCGGCUCGGGACCCGAAGCGGAGGGGAAAGCUGCACAAGCCGCAGGCAGCCACAGAGGACCGAAGCGCCAGAAAGACGUUCGUUGUCUACCGGCGGAAGACUCGGGACCACGUUGCACCAACCCACGCGGCGGCGUCCGGCGCGCUGCGGGGACACGCGUGGGACGCCCGCGACGAGGCGGGCCGCCGCACCGCGGGCAGCCUGCUGGCGGAUGAGAUGCCCCCGUGGCUGGACUCGGACGCCAGCGGCGCCGACAGCGAGGCGGAUUCCUCACUCGCGGCCCCCGGGAGGGAGACGUCGCGCAGAGCGCCGGCGGUCCAGGAGCCCCCCGGUGUGACAGCGCAGGCCUCUCCAGCGGGAAGAGUCUUUACGUCACUGACCAACACCAUUCAAAGCCCGGGCAGCGAGAGCACAGGCAGGACCAGGAGGGGCAAAAAGGUCGUCAGUUAUAAGGAGCCCCCCCUCAACAGCAAAAUGAGGCGCGGCGAUCGAUUCACAGACAGCGCGUUCCUGAGUGCUCCCAUCUUCAAGGACGAGAAGAAGAAGAAGAGGCAGAAGAUCAAGAACAAACCAAAGCUGGAAACAUCCAUUUUUGUGGACUUUCCAACUGACUGAUAAUUUAGGGGGUUUUUUUUGUUUUUAGAUUAUUAUUUUUUACUAUAUCUGAAGUUGCUGGUUUGCUCAAGCUUAAUAAAGACCUUUUCAGCUUCUGA